AUGGCAACCGAAUCUCAAGCAAACUCGUUAUUAUCAUCACCGCCACCCAUCGACCUCCCGGACGAGCAGAUCCUGACCCUGCCCGACGGCCGUAAGCUCGCGUACGCCAUCUACGGCGACGCGUCGCCCGGCGCGCCCACCGUCUUUUACUUCCACGGAUUUCCGGGGUCGCACCGCGAGGCGCUGGGCUACGCGCAGGCGGCGCGGCGGCGCGGCGCCGGCGCGACGUACCUGGGCGGCGGGCGCGGCGAGGCGGACCGGCGCGCGUGGGCCGACGAGGGGGCCGACGCGACGGCCAUGCGGGAGGGGUUGGUUAGAAGCACGGCGGACGCGAUGCGCGGCGACCGCGCCGGCAUGGGCGCCGCGUGGGAGGCGAGGGUUCUGGCGGAGCCGUGGGGGUUCGAGCUGGGGGAGCUGGAGGGGGGCGGCCGAGGCGGGGAGGCGGUCACGUUUUGGCACGGGGAGGAUGAUGUCAACGUGCCGGUGCACAUGGCGCGCAGGUCGGCCGAGCUGGUCGCGGGGUCCGGGCUGAAGGUGUACGCGGGCGAGGCGCACCUCAGCACGGCGCUGAGGAGCGCCGACGAAGUGCUGGGGACGCUGGUCGGGCUGAUCAGGAAGGCUGGGGAGUGA